UGAGAUCAGCGGAUCGCCUUUCAUCAUGAGGCAGCUUUCACGCUGUUGCUCGCACUGCCGUCUCUCCUCUCUCUUUCCUUGCCCUCCCUCUUUCUAUCUCUCCUUCCCUUUCUCUCUCUAUCUCCCGCCGUCCAUGGGCCGCCGAGCUGGGAGCUUGUGAGGAGUUCGGAGCGUGUUACACACUGGACACAGUGAGGAGUGCGGAGUGGGACGGAGGCUACCACGGCAAGGAUUAACCUAAGGGACGGGGUGGGGGGUUACAUCUCUGGGGAGAAGCUCCUUUUCUCUCUCCUCAGCAGGGAGAAACCUGAGAAGAAAGAACUAUUGUGUGCAGCUCCUCACAAAGAUUUAUUCCUCCGGAUUUCCCUCAUAUCUUCCUUUCAGGAGUGACAACUGGCUGAGUUUGGCAGGAGGGAGCAUCACAACUGUCUGUGGCUUCAGUAAGACUGGCACAGUUGCCUCUGCCAGACGCUGACGUGUGUUUGGGGGCCUCAGGCUGACAUCUUGGCACUUUCAUGAGAUAACGGCAGUCCCUGGAAGCCCAACCCCUGCCUCGUGCUACCUCCCUCCCUCUCCCCUCCUGCCUCUUGACUCAGCCAAGCCAUGGGCCAGAAGAUCUCAGGGAGUAUAAAGUCAGUAGAUGCACGUGGGCAGCCGUCCUUUAGGCCCCUGAGGAGGGAACUGAGAGGGCCAGACUUUUUCAAGCCAGCCAGACUGGACUUACUCCUGGACAUGCCUCCUGCUUCACAUGAACAGCAGCUCCGACAUGCUUGGAACCCAGACGACCGCUCUCUCAACAUCUUUAUCAAGGAUGAUGACAAACUUACCUUCCAUCGGCAUCCUGUCGCUCAGAGCACUGACGGUAUACGAGGACGGGUGGGAUACACACGAGGACUCCACGUUUGGAGGAUCCACUGGCCGACCAGGCAACGGGGCACACAUGCGGUGUUAGGCGUGGCCACAGCAGAUGCCCCGCUGCACUCGGUUGGCUACACUUCAUUAGUUGGCAGUGAUAGUGAGUCCUGGGGCUGGGAUCUGGGACGUAACAAGCUCUACCACAACAGUAAGAACCGGCCGGCCACUUCUGCCCCCACCUAUCCGAGCUUCCUGGAGCCAGAGGAGGCAUUUGUGUUGCCAGAUGCCCUGAUGGUGGUGCUGGACAUGGACGAGGGCACGCUGAGCUUCAUGGUGGAUGGACAGUACCUUGGAGUGGCCUUCAGAGGCCUUAAGGGCAAAAAGCUGUACCCCAUCAUCAGUGCGGUGUGGGGCCACUGUGAGAUCACCAUGUGCUACAUCAAUGGCCUAGAUCCGGAGCCGCUACCUCUGAUGGACCUGUGUCGACGUGCUGCGCGCCUGGCCCUGGGACGUGAGCGUCUGCAGGAGAUCGAGACCUUGCCAUUGCCUCAAUCUCUGAAGAAUUACCUCCAGUACCAGUGAGAGCAUGGGACAUCAAGUAGAGACACGCACAGAGGGGAAGUCUGAGGUGCUACUAUAGCGCUACCAUCAGGCAAUAGAGGGAUAAUGUUUACAUUGUGGCUCACUGGAGGAAUCUUAAAUUCUUUUAUUUUAGUUAAUUUUUUUCCUCCUUGUUUAAAUUAUUGACGGCUUUGGAAGUACUAAGAAAAGUGUGACGCAGCUAGAGAUGCAGAAGCUUGGCAUACAUGCAGCUCCUCCAGGUGUGCGGGAUUACAGGAGGUGCCGUUUCAGAAAGCACAUUAACAUUCGGAUGCCUUUGCAAGCCAUCAGUAAUAAUCUCUUAGCUCCUUUCCUGGAUGUAAAGCCUGCAGAGCAUGGUCACAGGAGACAUAGGCAGCUGGAGAUCGGGCAUUUCAAGUCAAAAUCCAACAGCCUUGGAAGGUGCCAAGCCGGAAGGUGCCGCUACCUAUGCUCUGGAGCACCAGGUGGCUUUAAUAUACGGACUGACAGAAGUCUUUUUACCAUUUGCUGGAUGUGUCUUCCCAAGCACACAUGCAUACGCACAUAUACGACCAACAAUCAUAUACAGAUUCACUUUUUUUUUUUUUCGUCUGUGGGCUUGAGUCACUUUUCUAUCUAAAUUUGUAUCAUGAUUUUAUCGUGCGUGUGAACUUUCAGUUCUGAUAAGGAUUUUAUGGAGAUGUUUUUGGCCAUCUUUAAUUUUAUUUAUCAGGUUCUAGUUCCUUUUAAUGAACUGAGAAUGUGCGAAUUAGAACAUAGAUAUCGGACACUAUCAUACUCUCAUCACAAAUGGCUUUCUAUUUUAAACUGGGAUGCUGCUUUUAUUAUUAUUAUUAAUUAUUAUUAUUAUUCUGUCUGAAUGCUCAGUCUGGUUUUCUGAGGAAGACAAUGGAAUGUAAAGAUCUUGCUAGUGUUAGCAUAUUUUAAAUGUGAAUAAAAGCCAAGUGAA